AUGGGCCGAAAUCGUUGCACGAUCGGAGAAAAUGCUGAGAACUGCAGAGAACAAGUCACCAUCUUGCUUCUAAUUGUAUACAUGCAACUUACACUUACGGAUACAAGGAAGGAACCAGUUCUUCUCCAGUGGAUAGCAACACUAUCCAGACAUUUCCGCACGAGAAAGAUUAACCAACAAGAAGAGGUCAAAAAUUCGAGGAGAAAAUCUACGACAAAACCUUGUCCUGAAUGCUGCAGGGAGUUCCCUCUUCCAUCAGCGAGGGACUAUGCUCUAAAAGUUCUGAUACAGAUACCAGUCCUUGUCUAUCCAUCAAGCGGACUAUCAGCAAGGAAACACAGCAGUGUACUAGCAAAACCAAUGGAUAACAAAGGCUCGCAGAUCCAACAAAAGUUUGAAUCGUCUGAGGUUUACGAACGUGUAACUGGCCUAUACAAUGACUUGCGGUGGCUAGCCGAUGUGUCAAGCAAUGCUAAUAAACGAUUCCCUUGGAAGAUUGUGAAUGCUAAGCACCGUAUUCCGUGUUCAGAGUGCUUUCCGUUCUACUCCAUUCAACUGGGAUGCUUCUAUGUGUCGACCGCACCUGUAAUAUUUCCUAUGAGAUCAACAAAGCAGAAGAUUAAUUCGAUAUACAUCUGUCGAUAUUUCGCAAGCAUUCGUUAUUGUAUAAACACUCAAAGGGAAUGUAAGAGAUAUGUAUCCACCGUUUCGGUGCCUUUCGACUUGAUCAACGCAAUUUACGCAAAAGACCAUGAUUUAUUUAUCCGACUUAAUUCAAGCGCUCUCUCCCAUUCUUGUUUUUGUAACAGCGAGUUAGUGGAUUUUGAUGUCACACAAGGAGAAAGAGCGAAUUCACUCAUUCAUCAUAUAGUGCUUAGAACACCAGCGACUUCGUUUUGCGCAAAACUUUUGGAUGUGAACACGGCUUACUUUUCGAAACUUCUCAAACCGUUCACUGUCUUCUUCGAGGAUCUCAUUGGUGCAACAUCACCUGAAAAACUACGUUAUCAAGCGAGAAUGAUUGUGUGUCGGAACUCACGCCGUCCACCAAUUUCACCGCGUACUUGGGAACCAUACGAUAUUUUCCGAAAAAAGCAUCCUAAUACUCGUAAACCAGUCAACUCUCAAUAUGUCCGAGAAGUAAAAUUUCCAAGUUCACCAAAAACACCGCCUCCCGCCACAGCUUCUUUGUCUGUAGCGAAAGAUGGUGAGAUAUUGUCGUCUCGAUAUUCUUUGCCUCAAAUUCCCGACGAGGCUUGUGAUGCUGGAACACCGGCAUUAAAAACAGCAUCAUUUCACUCUCGUGACAUCUCUGAUGACUUCACAGACGUUGUGUACGGAUUUGGUACCACGCAUGAGCCGCUAGAAGUGGGUCAAGAUAUCCUGACUGGAUUGCAACCUUGCAUGUCAUCUGUGGAUUUAUCUGAGAUCACUUCUUUCCCAAGCUAUGUGCUCGAUGGAGAGGGAGCUUACAAACAGGAUUUUUAUGAGUGCAAUACAGCACAAGCCCCUCAACAAUUUUCCAACCUCACUGGUAUCCCAUUAGCUGAACAAGAAGGUGAAGAGGAAAAUGGCAUAUCUACUGUCACACAGGUAGCUGUAGAUAGCAGUCCAACUGAAAAUGGAGUACCGCCUCUGUAUUCUCUGGCAGAAUAUCGAUCCAGUGAACAGGAACUGGACAACUCUCUUCCCGCUUGUACAGAUCAAACUGAUCUUGGACAAAACCAUCAUCCAUUCUCAAGUGAUGAUUCCUCACUUUACUUCCUACCUUUGGACGAUCUAUCACAAGCUGAUUUCAUGGACGUUGCAGAACUAUCCUGGAACAAUUUUUCGUAA